AUGUAUUAAAAAGCUGACUAAAGUUUUUGUAAUAUUAUUAGAUCCAUAGACAUAUUUGGACACCCCAUUUAAAUUAACUUUAACUAAAAUAGUAAAUACAAAACAAAGUGUGGAGGUUUUGUGACAUUAGUUUUACUAACCUUUAUAACUGCAAUCUCUAUUUAAAUUAUUAUAGAAAUAGUUUAAAAGCAGAACCCAUAAAUAGUUUAAAGAGAUUAGAUUAAAGUUCCUGAAAGAGUUAAUUUAAAUAGGAAUAACUUUAUAUUUGCUCUCGGUCUCUUGGAUGAAAAUUAAAAUCCUUUUAUGGAUGAAGAAAUUUAUAAAGUAACUGCCUAAUUUACUUAUAAAGAGCCUGUAUAAAACAAUGAUGGGACUGUAUCGUAUUCUUUUAUAACCUAAAAUAUAAGAAUAGGGGCUUGUGAUGAAGACUUAUUUGGUAUAAUUGAGCUUUAGAAGUAUUACACUGAAAUUUAAAAUUACAAGUAACUUUACUGCUUAUUAGAUAUAGAUUAACUUUAUUUGGAAGGCCAGUUUGAGGCUAAUGAGUUUUCUACAAUUUAAAUUUACAUAAAUCCUUGUUUUGAUAAUGGAUGCAAAGAUAAAGAUUAUGUUAUUAAUAAAAUAAAACAUAGCAUAUUCUAAGUUUAUUUUUCAAAUAAUCUUGUUAAGCCUUUUGAUUUUAACAACCCUUUCGAGCCGUUUAGUGAAAGCGCGUAUUAUUAUGUGAACUUAAAUUAAUUAUAAAUUAUUUAAUUUACUUAUAUGAACACUUAUGUAAUUGAUGAUCUUGGAUUGAUAACUUCCUCAAUUAAGUAAUAGAAAUAGCUUAUUUACUCGUAAAAUAUCUAAUCAACUAAUUCAGAUAUUUCUAAAGGUAUUUUUCAAAUAGGUAUUUAUUUAGAAAAAAAUAAAGAAUAAUAUGUAAAUAGGUCAUAUACCAAAGUUAUUUCUGCUAUUUCUUAAAUUGGUGGAAUAUAUAAUGUGAUCUUUUUUAUUGGAUGCAUAUUAACUUAACCUUAUUCAUUUCUAGAGUUUAAGAGAAGUCUUAUUAAUAAAACUUUCACUUUCGACUUCUAAGAGCUUUAAUCUACAAAAAAAAUAUGUCAAGAAUAAAAUACAGCUUUUUUACAUACAGAAAAAAAAUAAUUUGAUUGUUUUAAAUAUAUUAAAAAUAAAAUUAAACCAUCUAAGAAAUUUAAAAAAAGCAGAAAAUAGUUAGAUAAAAAUGAUGGAGAUUAAAUUUAAAACUAACAAAUUAAAAAUAUUGAAAAGCUAAGUAGUUUUCAAUAAGAAUAUUCUGUACAAAACUCAAAAUCGAAAGGCUAAAUAUUUGAAAAAGUGAAAAAAGGAAUAAAUUAUAUUUCAGAUUUUACAAUUAGUUCGUAUGAUUAUAUUUUAUUUUAUUUAAAAUGCUUUAAAUCUAGUGAACUUUACAACUUUUUGAGUUACAGCACUAACAAAAUAACAGAACUCACAGAUAUAGAAUUUAUUUUAAAUAAACUUAUUGAGCUUGAAAAGUUAAAACACCUUCUUUUAAACUAAUAAUAACUUAAACUGUUUGACUAUAUCCCUAAGCCUAAGAUAACUAAAGAUGUCAUAAAAAUAAAUUCGAUUUGCCAAUCUUCACAAUAGAAAGAAGAAGAAAAUCCUCCAGUUAAGAAUAAAAAAAUUGAGUUCUAAGAGUUUAACUUAUUAGCUACAUUAAACAAAACAAAGUGUGAAAUAGAUAUGGAAGGAUAAAUAGCAUACUAUUAAAUUAGCAAGUGUUAAAAAAAGCUAUCUAAAUUAGAUACAAAACUUUUAUCGUUUUUAGGUUAAGAUACAUAAUAAAUGCUAAGUAAGUAAAUAAAAACUCCGAUUUUGAAUAAUAUUGAAGAGUAAACAUAAAACUCUCCUGAAGAUAUUCUAGGCAUAGGAAAUAGUUCAAGCAUAAAUUUUAAUUUAUUAUCAUUUAACUAAUAACCUUAAAAUAAAAGCUUGCAACUUAAACAUGAAAAUAUCUAAGAAUAAAGUUUAGAAGAAUAGAAAGUUCAUUCUUCAAAAAUAUAAUAGGUGAGUAGAAAUAUUCUUACUGAAGAAUUUAAUAAAAAUUUAUCAUCUAAUAAGAAAUAAUCAUUAUUUACAAAGAAGAAUAAUGAUUGA